AUGUGUAAAUCGUGUGCGUCAUGUAUCCGGAUUCUCAUGAUUGUCUUCAAUAUUCUCUUCACGAUUGUCGGGCUGGCCGUUUUAGCAGCGGGACUAUACUUCUACUUCUCCACCUUCGGCCUUCGUGGGAUGGAGAACCAUAACAUAUUGGCGUACACGUAUAUCGGCAUUGCUGUCAUUGGUGCACUGAGCGUUAUCCUCGGAAUAUUGGGUUGCUGCGGUUCUUAUCACUAUAGCCGCUGUCUUCUCGGAUUCUAUUUCACCCUGUUGCUGAUUAUCUUCGCCGCAGAAAUAGCCGUUGGUGCUGCGGGAUUUGUUUACAGAGAUGAGGUACGCGCACUAGUUCACGAAACUCUGAAAGAGGGUGUCGAGGAUCUUAAAAAAGCAAACAACGAAGUCCGAUGGAUGGACACCGUCCACAUCAUGUUUCAAUGUUGCGGCUACAACGGCCAUCUCGACUAUGGUCUGCGUACACCGGCGAGUUGUUGCGCACACCAAGAAUGCUCGCCGCUGGAUCUCUUGAGACCCUACUUGCCGGGUUGCAAGGUGCGCAUGGACAACAUUAUGCACAAUUACUUCAUCGUCUGUGUCGCUGUCAUCUCUAUCGCGUUUGUUGAACUUAUCGGUUUAAUCUUCGCCAUGACCUUGUGUUGUGCUGUUAGCGGAAGAGAGACCGGUGGAUACUACCAAGCUGUUCACACCUGA